AUGAAGAAAAGUAACGAACAAAAACCUAAUAUUGUACAUCGUUUAUUAACUUCAACAUUAAAAUUCAUUAGAGACAAUCAAAAUGAUCAAUUUAAAUCAUCAAAUGAUACAUUUAAAUAUGAAUUACCCGAGAGUUUUUUCAAAGCAGUAGAAGAUGCUCGUACAAAAGCUGGAUAUGAUAUUCUUCCUCGUCAUCGUCAUCGAUCUGUUCCAUCAUCAUCUCGUCAGAAUAGUUUCUCAUCAUCAUCAUCAUCAUCAUCAUCAUCAUCACCUUCUCCACAUCGUUUACAAAAUGAUCAUAAAGCAAAACCAAAAAUCUAUCAAUCAUCAUCGGCAAAUGAUAUUGAUAAAGUUUGUAAGAAAAAAGUCCAAUUUCGUCGAACACCUCGUAAACAUGUACAAGAACAUCAAUCAAUAACAACUCCAAGAGUAUUUUCAUCUAGACCACUAUUUCGAAUGAUGAUGAAUCCUAAUUUUGUAAUGGUUAACAGAGGUCGUAGACCACGAAACUUCAUGCCAAUGCGACCACCAAUAUUUAUGCAACAACAACAAAUGUUUCGGUUGAGAUUUCGAUGA